UUACAUGCAGAACCAGGGGAAGCCUUGAAGUAUGUUUUCGUCGAGAUAAGGGAAAGAUUACUCUGUUUCGAGUAUAUCAAUAAUGGGAGUCUCGACAAAUAUCUUACUAGUACGACGAUGCAUGUGAUGAACUAAGGGGACUUGAAUGGCAUACUCGCUACCAAAUUAUUCGAGGAAUUUGUGAUGGUUUGGUUUAUCUUCACAAGGAAAAGGGUAUUGUGCACAGGGAUAUGAAACCUGCGAAUAUACUGCUCGAUCAUCGUAUGAUACCAAAAAUUACAGAUUUUGGUAUAUCAAAAUUCCUUAACGGAGCAACACACGCUGUCGCUAGUAACCGCAUAGGUUCACUCGGAUAUUGUGCGCCUGAAUUCAUAAAUCGUGGUCUGGUGUCAAUCAAGUCAGACAUAUAUAGCUUGGGUGUUAUAAUUACAGAGCUUGUGACUGGAUGUAAGGACAUCCCUGAUAUAAAAAAUGUACUUAGAAGGUGGAGGUACAGGUGGAAUAAGUCACUGAGCUAUCCACCAUCGGGUUAUCAACAAGUAACCAAAUGUAUUGAAAUUGUGUCAAUGUGCUUGUCAGACUGCCCAAAGAGGAGACCUUAUAUAUGGGAUAUAGUCACUAUGCUCAAUAACAUACAAAAUACGAAGGAACAAAUUAACAAUUGUGAUGACUCUCCAGUUGCCCCAAUAAGCCCUUACCCCUGGGAGCUGCUUGAGCUUGACAUGAUGGAGCUGAAUUUCCCCUUCGAGAUAAACAAGCAAAUACCAUGCUCCCUUCAGCUAACCAACGUAUCCAAUGAUUAUGUUGCCUUCUAUAUCGUGAUGACAGGCGUAUUGCUGUAUGACGUAGAGCCUAAGAAAGGUCUUGUGCCACCACGAUCCAAGUGCAACGUCAUGGUAACAUUGCAAGCACAGCAGAAGGCACCCAAUUCUACAGCGUGCAAGGAUGAGUUCUUCAUGCGGUGCGCCGCUGUGAAUGAGGGCCUCAUGCGUGAGGAUAUCACUCAGGACAUGCUUGACAAGAAGUCGGCUAAAGGGGUUGACGAGGUGACGCUAAAGAUUGUUAUUUCGGCUGUUGGCUCUGCCUAAGGAACUCAAAUUGUUUGCUGUGAGCAGUUCUUCAAACAGUGUUUCUGAAGCGUGGUGUGCUUCGAUGCAGCUCAAGGCGUGGAGAUUAGAACAUGCCUCUUGAAAAGGGCAUUAUAGUCUAUUUAGCAAGGUGAAAUUAUUUGUUCUCCUGUGACCUCUCCCACCCAGAUCCUUUGUUCUUGCUUGGAUUACUGUGAACCAGAAAAUUAAAUUGGUAAGAGUUAAUUGUCGCAGUACUAUUCCGGUUAGUUGCUUGGGUGAAGAA